GCGACAUCUGUGGUGGGGACAUUGGGAUAGCUGUAAGUGCUUGUUAGAUUACAGGGGAGUAUAUGUAUGGUGUACACAGUGCCAGCAGGGGGUUAUUGGUCACAGGGACUAUGUCUGUACGUGACCCUAACACCAGAGACUGAUGUACAGCCAUGGCACUUUCCGCUUCUUCAGCUUAUCGAAUGUUACAUGGAAUAUUUGCAGUAUAUAAACCCCCCGGGAUGAGAUGGAAGUCUGUACGAGACACGAUAGAGAUGAAACUUUUACAAGAGCUGAACUCCCUCGAGCAGCCAGCACCUCGGCAGCAGAUCCUCUUCCUACCACACAUUCAAGAGAGCAGCAGUGGGGUAGAACUAACCAAAGUUGUGACCUCCGUUCCUUCCCUGGCUGAUCAUAAACUGGUCAAGGGACCAUUCUACACUUACCUGAAGGUUGGUGUGGGACACAACCUGGAUACAAGAUCAUCAGGAGUUUUUGUGCUUGGAAUUGGGAACGGCAACAAACUUCUUACUGCUAUUUAUAAGAAGCAUUAUACCAAGGCCUAUACUGUGUCUGGUGUGUUUGGUAAAGCCACAGAUGACUUUUCAGAUGUUGGGAAAGUUAUUGAGAAGACCACUUACAAACACAUUACAAGAGACAGAUUGGAGCGGGUCUUGGCAAUGGUUCAGGGAGCCAACCAAAAGGCAUUGCUGACGCACAGUCAUGUGGACUUGAAGAGUCAGGAGGCUUAUGAGAUGGCAGUACAAGGCGUUCUCCGGCCCAUGGUGAAAUCCCCUCCUCUAGUUCUGGGGGUACGAUGUGUUGAGUUUUCCUCACCUAACUUCACAUUAGAGAUCCAGUGCAUGCACGAGACCCAGCAGUAUCUUCGCAAACUAAUCCAUGAGAUUGGCUUAGAACUAAGAUCCUCUGCAGCCUGCACGAAGGUGCGCCGCACACGGGAUGGCCCCUUCACUCUGGACUGUGCCUUAACACAUAGACACUGGGAUCUGAACAGCAUCACCAAUGCAAUAGAAGAGUGUAGACCUAUAGCUACAGAAAUGUGCAAGGAGGACACAAGCAUGAUCUGGGAAAAUGAUGAUGAAGAAGAUUCAAUGACCAAAGAAGAGAGCAAUAUCCAGUGAUGGUAUAACUCACUAACCUUUUAUGGGAUGCUCUGGUUAAGAAUCAUGUAUAUUGCCAACUGUUCAUAUCCACCGAUCCUUACUGUCUCCUCAUGGGAUAUACAUGCAUAAAUCAUAUUACAGUGUGAGUCAAAGGAACAGUACUCCUUUUUUGCAUCCCGGCAGAGCCAGGGUGUCCAUGUAGCAAAGUGGCCCACUAAACCAUAGCAGUGACUACAAUAAGUGAACGCGCAGAAGUUCGGUGCACUCACAGGAGCAGUUCCUGCAACUUUCCAGGAUCUGGCCAUCCUGCUGACAAGACAUUUCUGAGCACCUCUUUCUUGGAGACUUUUAUAAGACCAGGAAUAAGGGGUCAUAGUGAUGUUUUGGUGAUAUCGCGCUUGUUAGACGACCUCAUCGUAGUAUAGAAAGCUUUCUCCCAGAAAACCUGUAUGUCAGGCAUUCCCACCAUAUGCAAAAAUAGAUUCUCCUACGUCUCUGCGGGUGUUGAGAAAAUAGAACAAAGGAUUUACUCUACCACUGCAACAGCACCUUCGUUUUUUUGUCUGUGUGUAUAUCUAAAGGUCCUUUUACACGGAUCGAUAAUCGGGCCAGUUCGUUUUUUUAAUUGCUUGUUCCCGAUAACUGGCCUGUGUAAAAAGUGCCGGUGAUCACCCAAUGAAUGAGAAAACGCUCAUCCUGUCGGCACCAAAAAUCAUUGAUCCCGCGCAGCAGAUGGUGCUGUCUAUACAGAGGUCUGCUGCCCAGGACAAUGAUUUUCUAUGGAGACAAGCGAUCACUUGUCCCAAUACAGGGGAGGUAAUUGCUGCAUGUAAAUGCAGUCUGAAUUGCAUGAAGAGCUUGAUUCCAUAUUGCAUCGAAUGAAGUGGGAUUUUUGAAAAGGCGGUUUGCAGAUUGUAAGCAUCACAUUUAGCUCUUUAAUUGCCCAUUCAUAUACCAGUCUCCUAAACCUUUUCAUUGGUACCAUAUUGGGAUGCAUAGGACCGUUCCAUCACAUUUUAUUCCUUAGUGACCAAUAAAAAAGGUUUUGCCGGUU